AUGGUAUUGGUCUGUGCACAGUGUGAGGCUAAGACGUUCUCACUAUGUGGCUUGGUUCGUGAGCUCAGAAAGCAGAAUUUUCCAGAACAUGAAAUGAGAGAUUGGGUUUGCCUUGUGGAAAAGGAAAGCAGCCGUCGUACUCACGUCAUCGGGCCUCCCAACGACGACGGCUCCCGCGACCACGGCCUAUUCCAGAUCAACGACCACUACUGGUGCAAUGAUUCUAAUGUACCAGGCAAAGGGUGUCACGUCACCUGCCAACAAAUGAGGACUGAUGACAUAACUGCUGCAUCAACUUGUGCGAAGAAGAUUUAUCGGCGUCACGGAUUCAAUGCUUGGUACGGUUGGGUCAAUCACUGCCGGGGAAAAGCUCUGCCAGACAUCAGCCAUUGCUAA